AUGAGCAGCCCGCGGCGGCCGCCCCGCUGCUGGCUGCCAGCCCUGCUGCUGCCGGCGCUGCUGGGCGGGGUGGCCCCGCAGCCCAUGCGCUGCUCCCCCUGCACCCCGGAGAAGCUGUCGCUCUGCCCGCCCGUCCCGCCCGCCUGCCCGGAGACUGCCCGCCAGCCCGGCUGCGGCUGCUGCCAGACCUGCGCCCUCGGCUCCGGCCAGCCUUGCGGGGUAUACACGGCCCGCUGCCGGCAAGGGCUGCGCUGCCACGUUCCGCCGGGAGAGCCGCGGCCGCUCUCCGCUCUCAUCCAGGGUCAAGGGACCUGCUUGCCUGCCAGUGAGGCCGGAGGGACACGAGCGGCCGAACCAGCAGACUCUCUUGAACCUGAAGACAUGCCUUUCGAAAGUACUGAAUUGACACAGGAACAGCUGCUGAACUAUCAGCUGAUGUUUCCCAUAGGCCAGGACAAGUCUAUCCCCUGGAAUGCCAUCACUGCAUAUGAAAAUAUGAAAGCCAAGAGAGUAUCUGAACUCAAGAAGUGGAAAGAGCAGGGACCUUGUCAGAAGGAGCUCUACAGAGCCCUGUAUAAAUUGGCGAAGGCUCAGCAGCAAAGCGGAGGGGAGAUAUACAAAUUCUACUUGCCCAACUGCAACAAGAAUGGCUUUUACCACAGCAAACAGUGUGAAACCUCACUGGAUGGAGAGUCUGCUGGCUGCUGGUGUGUCUAUCCCAAAAACGGAAGAAGAAUCCCUGGAUCUCCAGAAAUGAAAGGAGACCCCGAGUGCCAACAGUAUCUCGACUCAGAAGAAUGA